AUAGGAAUCUUACAUAUGAUUCCAAUUGUGCACUGCUGCUUAAGACAUGUUAAAGAAGUCUAUGUGUGGAAUUUCUUAUUUUGCAGCAAUCCUGACCAAUCCAAACACUUGGAAACAGCAAGAAUGCGCCUUUUUGAUGUAUGGAUUGAUUUUGUAAACCUGAGAUCUGAACACUAUAGUGAGAACAGUCGCAUUCCCACAAUGGAAUUUGGCACUGCAAAAGAGGAUGCUUACCGAAGGGAUUUAACUAUCAACAGUUUGUUCUACAAUAUCAACACAAGUUCAGUUGAAGACUUUACAGGAAGAGGUGUAACAGAUUUAAAAUAUGGAAGGAUAGUGACUCCUUUACUUCCUUUGGAAACUUUUUUGGAUGAUCCACUCCGUGUUCUCCGAGCUAUUCGUUUUGGUGCAAGGUUUGGAUUUGUGCUGGAUGAGAAGUUAAAGGAAGCUGCAGCCAGCGAUAAAGUGAAAGCUGCUAUUGCAGAUAAAAUCAGCAGAGAACGCAUUGGCCAUGAAAUUGAUCUUAUGAUCUCAGGGAAUCAACCACUCAAAGCAAUGAACUAUGUUUGUGAUUUGCAGUUAUUUUGGGUCGUUUUCAGUCUUCCUGAUAAAUAUAAGCCUGCACUGGUAGAAGGAUGUGACAGGGUUUGCACUGCUUUCAUAGAUGCUGGAUGGAAGCUCUUGCAACAAAUUGGGUUGUCAACCUUAAAUGAUGAAGAGAGAAGGCUUUACCUUUAUGGAGUGUUGUUUCUUCCUCUAAGAAAGACUGUAUAUUAUGAUUCCAAAGGCAAGAAGUUUCCCAUUGUCAACCACAUCUUUCGGAAUUCUCUCAAGCUUAAAGCCAGUGAUGCAGAGAUGGUUAUGAACUUGCACAAAACAUUCGAAAGAUUCAUAUCCUUGAUUCAUUGCUUAGAGUCUACAGAGGAUAUCAAACUUGCUGAAGGUUAUUUAGGAGAAACUCUUGAUGUACCAGUGGGUUCAAGAAGGCGAAUCCUAGCAGGGUUACUUAUAAGGGAUAUUAAAAGUUUUUGGAAAGUUGCCUUGAUGAUGUCGACAUUGUUAUACCCCAGUGAUCAUGAUCAAAUCAAAGAUUUUCCAGUAAGGCACUUUGAAUUGGACAAGAGAAAAGAAUUGUUCUGUAGUGUUGAAAAUAUGAUUAUUGAACUAGGACUAGAAAAUGUAUGGGAAAUGAAACCAUUGGCAAAUGGGAAAGAUAUAAUGAAUAUUUUACAGCUGAAGUCUGGAGGACCCCAAGUUAAGGAAUGGCAACAAAGAUUGCUUGAAUGGCAGCUUGCCCACCCAUCAGGGACUGCGGAGGAAUGCCUUGAUUGGAUGAAGCAGACUUAUUCCAAACGUGCAAAGCUAGGAUGACUGUUGAACUUGAGUGCUCUCAUUCUGCUUGUUCCGAUUUCUAUAUCCAAGCGUAUGCCCUUUGUUGGAUGAAGCAGGAGUGUAUAAAGCGGAAGCAGCAACCUCGAAUGUUCUGAUAUCAAUUUUGUACAGAAAACUUACUUCCCCUGAAAUGUUAUUUUCGUGUCCAUUUUGAAAUAGAAAUUUUGACUUGUAAUUUGAAGCUUCUGAGAUUAAUAGGGUAAUAUCAUUGGCAAGGCUCUUAGUCUAUAGGAGCAACAGUUUCACUCUCCCAGGUGGUUGCAUUUGGGUCUUUUUCUUUACAUAUUAUUUAAGGAUCUGUAAAUGCAAAAAAUGCGAUUCUGUCUAUUUGUCUAUUUUAGCCAUUUUGUCA